AUGUGGAAGCUCUUCGUUGAUGGGGCAUCCAACAGGCAUGGGGCUGGGCUGGGUAUUGUACUGACUUCAUCGGAUGGGCUGAUUAUCGAGCAGGCAAUUAUGCUCGGCUUCCCAGCAUGCAACAAUAAAGCGGAGUAUGAAGCCCUCCUUGUCGGACUAAGAAGCGCAUUGAGAAUGAAGGCGUCAGCCCUGAUGGUAUUCAGCGAUUCCAAGCUGGUGGUCAAUCAGGUCUCGGGGAAGUAUGAGGCAAAGGACGAAAGAAUGGCCAAGUAUCAAGCGCUGGUACGCGCAGAGAUCAAGAAGUUCGCUGCAAUAAGGAUGGAACAAAUCAACCGUGAGGAAAACAACGCGGCUGAUGAAUUGGCCGGACUUGCUUCUGCUCAGACAGCUUUUCCUAACCCCUUGAUGAUAGAAUUUUUACCUCGGCCAAGCAUUGAGGAACCGGAAAUAACCAAGGUGCUCUGCGCCGACUUGGGUCCUUCCUGGAUAGACCCCAUCAUCGUCUUCUUGAAAGAUAGAGUUCUACCGAAAGAGAAGAAGGCGGCCAACAAGAUCCGGGCCAAGUUAGAACGGUUUUGGCUCUCCCCGUCCGGAGCCUUGUAUAAGAAGUCUUUUACCGGGCCAUAUCUGAAGUGCGUUCACCCUGCUAAGGUGGAAGCCUUCUUUUAUGAGAUCCAUGAAGGCAUCUGCGGCAGCCAUACUGGGGGUAGGUCACUGGCUUACAAAGCAAUUUCCCAAGUGGGGCCACUCCCAGCAGCCCCGGGCAAUCGCAAAUUCUUCAUCGCCGCCACCGAUUACUUCACAAAGUGGGUUGAGGCUGAGCCACUGGCGACCAUAAAGGAAAAGGAUGUGAAGAAUCUUGUUUGGCAAAAUGUUAUCACUCACUUCGGUAUACCCAAGGCCCUCAUCUCAGAUAAUGGCACUCAAUUCGAUGGGAAACUCUUUCGCGGAUUUUGCGAAGAGCUGAAGAUCGAAUUCUAUAAUUCAACGCCGGCCUAUCCUCAGUCAAAUGGUCAAGCAGAAGCCUCAAACAAGACCAUCAUGGAUGGGCUGAAGAAGCGGCUUGAGAAGGCCAAGGGGAGGUGGGCUGAAGAACUCCCUAACGUACUCUGGGUGUACCACACUACGCCAAGACGGUCGACCGGAGAAACUCUGUUUGCCUUGGCCUAUGGCAUGGAAGCCGUUAUCCCGCUGGAAAUUGGCAUACCAACCAUCCGGUCCGAAAGCUUCCAGCCAGAUUUGAACAAUGAAGCAGUGGCAUUAGAGCUAGACCUUGCCGAGAAAAGGAGGGAGUGGGCCCUAAUCCACAUAGCAGCCUAUCAGCAAGAACUCUCCAAGAAAUACAAUAAGGCUGUGCACCCCAGGCUAUUCAAGAUCAGGGACUGGGUCUUAAGAAAAAUGCUGGGCAACACGGUGGUCCCUGGCGAAGGAAAGCUCGGUGCAAAUUGGGAAGGACCAUACAAGCUUUCUGGACCUUAA